AUGGCUGAAAGAGGUAUAACAGAUGAUGUUAAAAUAGAUGAGAAUGUUACUUUUGAAGAUUUGGCUAUUUCGGAACUAACAAUAAAUUCACUUAAAAAAGCUGGUUUUAUUAAACCAUCACCAAUUCAAUUACAAGCAUUACCAUUAGCACUUCUUGGAGUUGAUCUUCUUAUUCAAGCAAAAUCUGGUACUGGUAAAACACUUGUUUUUAGUAUAACAGCUCUGGAAUUUGUACAAACUAUUGAUAAUGAUGAUGAAAAUUUAACUGUGAUAAAAACAAAAGUAAUUAUGCUUGCGCCAACACGUGAAAUAGCACAACAAAUUGUUCAAGUCAUUAAAACAAUCAAACAACCUGAAUGUAUUGUACAUACAUUUAUUGGUGGUACAGCAUUAAAAGAUGAUCAAAAUCAUUUAAAAAAAUGUAAUAUUGUUGUGGGUACGCCAGGAAGAAUUGAAGAAUUACUUCGAUUAAAAUAUCUUCGACCUGAUACAAUUCGAUUACUUGUUUUAGACGAAGCAGAUGUGCUAUUAUGUAAAGAAUUUCAAGAUCAAAUUAAUUCAAUAUUUUCAUAUAUGCCAUCUAAUAAACAAGUUUUAUUAGCAUCAGCAACAUAUCCUGAACAUAUGGUUCGUUUUUCUGAACGUUAUAUGCGUGAUAUGACAUGCGUACGUUUAGUUGAUUCUGAAUCACCAAGUUUAAUUGGUAUUCAACAAUUUUAUAUUUUAAUUCCACAUCAUCCAAUAGAUUCAUAUUUAUUUGAACAAAAAGUUCUUUUAUUAUUACGUAUAUUACCACAAUUAAAAUUUCGUCAAUGUUUAAUUUUUUCAAAUCUUCGUAUGCGUUCAUCAGCUGUUUGUGAACGUUUAAAAUCUUUAGGUUAUGAAACAACAUAUACAUCAAGUUCAUUAACACAAAAUCGUCGAACAAAAGCUAUGCGUGAUAUGUAUAAGAAUAAAUGUCAAAUAUUAGUUACAACUGAUUUAACAUCACGUGGUAUUGAUUUAGAUUAUGUUGAUUUUGUUAUAUCAAUGGAUUUACCUAAUGAUAGUGAAACAUAUUUACAUCGUAUUGGUCGUGCUGGUCGUUUUGGUGCUUAUGGUUGUUCAUUAACAAUUGUAUCACAUGGUGAUGAACAAAAACAAUUAGAAAAAAUACAAAAUGAAUUUAAAUUAAAUCUAAUAGAAACUGAUGAAAACCGACAAUUUCAAUUAUUAAUUAAUGCGCUUGAACAAAUGAAAAUUUUUCUCUUGCGUUCUUUAAAUUGUAUAGGCUGGUUCUAUGCUUAUAUAGGGCUACUUUAUGCACUUUAUUUUGUUUAUUUUAUUGUCGUACCAGCGUAUCGUGAACGAAAUCAAUUAUCGAAUUGUUAUUUUUAUUUAAUUCUUACAAGAUUUUGCUCUAUAUCAUUAUAUAAUGAAGAAAAAAUUGAUCAAUAUUGUAAUAAAUGUUUAACUUAUGCUCGAGAACGAUCACAUCAUUGUAAUUUAUGUCAGUUAUGUAUACCAAUACAAGAUCAUCAUUGUUUUUUUAUUGGUACAUGUAUUGGUAAACAUAAUCAACGAUAUUUUCUUUUAAUGCUUUUUCAUCUUUUAUGUGCACAUUUAAUUGGUUAUAUAUUUGUUUGUAAUUAUUUAUGGAAUGAAAUAGGUGGAUUUCAUUUAAUAAAUAUUUUUAAAAUUUUAUUUUUUAAUAUUGGUUAUGUAAUUGGUUUUGUUAAAACAAAAUGGCAAGCAUUUAUAUGUUUGCAUCAUUAUCUUGUUUAUUUUGAUAUAAUAUUUAUAAAAUUAAAAAUAAUAGAUAUCAUGGCAAUGAAUGGUCAUACUCCAUUAAUGAAACAAAGUUCCAAAUCAACAGCUAUUGUUGAAGUUAAUUCACUUAGUGAAGAUAAUCAACAUAUUAAUCCAGCUGAUCAUUAUGGUGUUACAUCGGAUUAUUCUAUAUGUGUUGAUAGUAACAAUACAACUUAUUCAGAUGAAUUUAUUGAAAGUAAAUAUAUAUAUGAAAUGAAUCAUUGUGAAGUUGAUCAUCGAACAAAACGUGUCGAAAUCAUUCCACGAAAAUAUCAAUAUAAUUUUCGUACAAAACGUCAAGUAAAACGUACAGGUGUAAUGCUUGUUGGUUGGGGUGGAAAUAAUGGUACAACAUUUACUGGUGCAACUAUUGCUAAUAGAGAUCAAAUAACAUGGAUGCGUAAAGAGGGUGAACAAUUUCCUAAUUAUUAUGGUUCAUUAACUCAAUCAACAACAAUUCGAAUUGGCAGUAACAAUGAAGGUAAAGAGGUUCAUAUACCAUUUAAUACAAUUUUACCUAUGUUACAUCCUAAUGAUAUUGUUAUUGGUGGAUGGGAUAUAAAUGGAGUAAAUUUAUAUGAAGGAAUGAAACGAGCUUGUGUAUUUGAUUAUGCAUUACAAGAAAAAUUAAAGCCAAUGAUGAGUCAACUCAAACCAUUACCAUCAAUUUAUUAUCCUGAUUUUAUUGCUGCAAAUCAAGAAGAUCGUGCAGAUAAUUUAAUACCAAAAGGAACUAAACAACAAGAUUUAGAACAUAUCCGAAAUGAUAUUCGAACAUUUAAAAAAACUCAUAAUUUAGAACAAGUUAUUGUUUUAUGGACAGCAAAUACUGAACGUUAUGUUGAUGUUCGUCCAGGUUUAAAUCAAACAAGUGAUGAAAUUCUUCGAUCUAUUGCUGCAAAUGAAGAUGAAAUAAGUCCAUCAAAUAUAUUUGCUUGUGCUGCUAUAUUAGAAAAUUGUCCUUAUUUAAAUGGUAGUCCACAAAAUACAUUAGUACCAGGUAUAAUUGAACUUGCAACAAAACAUCAUGUUUUUAUUGGUGGUGAUGAUUUUAAAAGUGGACAAACAAAAUUAAAAUCAGUUCUUGCUGAUUUUCUUGUUUCGGCUGGUUUAAAAGUUCAAUCCAUUGUUUCAUAUAAUCAUUUAGGAAAUAAUGAUGGAAAAAAUUUAAGUGCACCACAACAAUUUCGUUCAAAAGAAAUUAGUAAAUCGAAUGUUGUCGAUGAUAUGGUUGGAGCUAAUCAUCUACUUUAUAAUAAAAAAACGAAUGAACAUCCUGAUCAUGUUGUUGUCAUUAAAUAUGUUCCUUUUGUUAAAGAUUCAAAACGAGCUAUGGAUGAAUAUAUAUCAUCAAUAUUUAUGAAUGGUCUUAAUACAAUAGCUAUUCAUAAUACAUGUGAAGAUUCACUUUUAGCUUCACCAUUAAUUAUUGAUUUAGUUAUUUUAACUGAAUUAAUGACACGUAUUACAUAUAAAACAAAUGAUAAUGAAGAAUAUCAAUCAUUUGAAUCGGUUUUAUCAAUUUUAUCAUAUCUUCUAAAAGCUCCUAUGGUUCCACCGGGUACACCAGUUAUAAAUGCACUUUUUAAACAACAUCGGUGUAUAACAAAUAUUCUUUCAGCAUGUGCUGGUAUUGCUAUGGAUACAGAUAUGUUAUUAGAACAUAAGACAAGGUUACCUAAACCAAUCAAACUUCAACUUUAA